CUGGGACAGAGGCAAAAACCCAGCCCCAACACUCACUCCCUGCUCCCAGUGUGUUAUUGUCAGACACACCCGUGCUGGUGGGGUCUGUGUCUCAUGACUUUUGCGGUCGCCCAGGGCCCUGGUCUGAUUUCUGGGCAGGAUAAACAUCUCAGCCACACCGGAGUCACUGCUGCUUUGGGCAGGCAGGGAGUGUGGAUGGGCCAAAGAGAUCAGCCUCUGCCUGCCUGUCCCUGGGGGCUGCUGCAGGAGUCCAGGGCAGGUCAUUAUUUUUAGGUGAUGCCAUCAGAGGGCUCCUGCUGUUCCUAAGGGAGAGGGGUUUACACGGCAGUGUGGAGAAAUCCCCCAAAGUGGCCCCUUUAGUUCUGCUUUUUACCUAGCAUUUGGAUAAGAGAUACUGUUACUGGGAGUGUCUGAAGAGUCUGGGGUGGAAUCGGGGGGUGACAUGGACUGAAGCCCCUUCUGUAAUGUUCCCAAUCACCCCGACAGGCUGAAGAAUCACGUCCACAUUUCGCUCCAGAUGGGCCCGUCUUCCAGGAAACAGGGAAGGGAAAUGUCUGUGAUGGAGCCAGCUCAGAUGCCGGUGACCUUCGAGGAGGUGGCUGUGUAUUUCACCCAGAGGCAGGGGGCUCUGCUUCACCCCGCUCAGAGAGCCCUCUACAGGCAUGUCAUGCAGGAGAACUACGAGAUGGUGACCUCGUUGGGAUUCCCCCUUCCCAAACCUGAGCUGAUCGCCCGGCUGGAACGAGGGGAAGAGCCAUGGGUGCCCGAUCUCUGGGACUGCAAUGAAAGAAGGCUUCCGAGAUACACCCUUACAGGUGUGGACUGACACAGAAACCAUCUAGGGAAUGAAGGAAGAAGUUGAGAAUCCCAAAAUAUGGUCAGGUGCUGAGCGAGGGAGUGAGAAUGAGGAGGGGAAUCAUCAUGAGGAAGUUCCCGGGGAAGUGGAACUGCAGGGAACCUUUGUGGGAACAGCUGAAGGGAAUUUUUCCCAGUGCUUGGAGCAGGAAAAGGCCUGGGGAAACUGGCACAGGUCAGAGAGGCUUCUGGAAAACCACCCAGGGAAGAGAGUGGAUGAAUCUAUUACCGGGGGGGCAGGAGACAAGGAUCCGAGAGCACAGCAAACAAAUCCCAAGGAAGAGACACCCGGGCACUACCCUCAGUGUGGGAAAGAAUACAUUGUGAGAUCACAGCUUGUGACACAUUGGACAACCUGUGCUGGAGAGAAACCCUUUCAAUGCUUGGAUGAUGGGGAAAUCUUCAAUAAGCUCUCAGAUCUUAAUAACCAUGGGAGCAGCCACACUGGAGAGAAAACCUGUCAAUCCCUCGAGUGGGGGAAAUGUUUCAUUUCGAAGACACAAAUAAUUAGACAUCAGGCAAUCCACACAGGAGAUAGACCCCAUAAGUGCUUGGACUGUGGGAAAAGGUUCAUUCAAAGGUCAGAUCUUAUUCAACAUCAGAGAAUCCACCCAGGAGAGAGACCUCACAAGUGCCUGAACUGUGGAAAAAGUUUUGUAUGGAGGUCAGACCUUGUUAAACAUCAGGUAUUCCACACAGGAGAGAGACCCCAUAAAUGUUUAGAUUGUGGAAAAAGAUUCAUACGGAGGUCAGACUUUGUUAAACAUCAGUCAAACCACACAGGAGAGAGACCACACAGGUGUUUAUUCUGUGGAAAAGGUUUCAGAUGGAGGUCACGCCUUCUUAAACACCAGAGAAUCCACACAGGAGAGAGACCUCACAAGUGUUUAGACUGUGUGGAAAUUUCACUUCUAAACUUCUCUGAUGCAGGGACAGAAGGUGUUAAGGAAAUUGCAUGUAAUUGACCUAGAAUCAAGCUUUAGAGACAUGUUAGAAAAGUGUGUACUCAUUAGAUCAGGGGUAGGCAACCUA